AGUCCCCCGGCGGGGUUGCCGUGGAGACCGAGCGAGCUUUGUGGAUGCCCUGGCGCGCUGAGGCCUGGCCUUCUGCUGUCUGUCUGCGGAGGGGACCCACAGGACCGACGCCAAGAUGAUGCUUUCAAGGGCCAAACCUGCUGUAGGCGGGGACCUACCACAUACUGACAAAAGAAAGAAGAAAGGUAGGAAGAUUCCAAAACUAGAGGAGCUACUUUCACAAAGAGAUUUCACUGGAGCUAUUACCCUGUUGGAGUUCAAACGUCAUGUUGGGGAACAAGAAGAGGAUACUAAUUUGUGGAUUGGAUACUGUGCUUUUCACCUGGGUGACUACAAGAGAGCUUUGGAGGAAUAUGAAAAUGCAACAAAAGAGGAAAAUUGCAAUCCUGAAGUCUGGGUGAAUCUAGCCUGUACCUACUUUUUUCUUGGAAUGUAUAAGCAAGCUGAAGCAGCUGGAUUUAAAGCUCCAAAAAGCCGACUUCAAAACCGCCUCCUCUUCCACUUGGCUCACAAGUUUAAAGAUGAGAAGAAGUUGAUGAACUUUCAUCAGAAUCUUCAGGAUGUCACAGAAGAUCAACUCAGUUUGGCUUCAAUCCACUAUAUGCGAUCUCACUACCAAGAAGCUAUUGAUAUUUAUAAGCGAAUACUUCUAGAUAACAGGGAAUACCUUGCCCUCAAUGUUUACGUGGCCCUUUGCUACUACAAGUUGGAUUACUAUGAUGUGUCUCAAGAAGUUCUGGCUGUUUAUCUUCAGCAAAUCCCUGAUAGUACCAUCGCACUCAAUCUCAAGGCCUGUAAUCACUUUCGCCUUUACAACGGCAAAGCAGCUGAGGCAGAACUCAAAAGCUUGAUGGACAACGCUUCUUCUUCCUUUGAAUUUGCUAAAGAACUCAUCAGGCAUAAUCUGGUUGUUUUCCGAGGAGGUGAAGGGGCUUUGCAGGUUUUGCCUCCCCUAGUUGAUGUCAUUCCUGAAGCUAGGCUAAACUUAGUGAUUUACUACCUUCGUCAAGAUGAUGUACAAGAAGCUUAUAACUUAAUUAAGGAUCUGGAACCCACUACUCCUCAGGAGUAUAUCCUCAAAGGAGUGGUCAAUGCAGCCCUUGGCCAGGAAAUGGGUUCGAGGGAUCAUAUGAAAAUUGCCCAGCAGUUCUUCCAGUUGGUGGGAGGAUCAGCUAGUGAAUGUGAUACAAUACCAGGGAGGCAGUGCAUGGCUUCAUGUUUCUUCCUGCUUAAGCAAUUUGAUGAUGUUUUAAUUUACCUCAACUCAUUUAAGAGUUACUUCUAUAAUGAUGACAUCUUUAACUUUAAUUAUGCCCAAGCCAAAGCUGCAACUGGCAAUACCAGUGAGGGUGAAGAGAUUUUCCUUUUAAUCCAAAGUGAGAAGAUGAAAAAUGACUACAUUUACCUCAGUUGGCUAGCUCGGUGCUACAUUAUGAAUAAGAAACCAAGACUAGCCUGGGAACUUUAUCUCAAGAUGGAAACCUCUGGCGAGUCCUUUAGCCUCUUACAGCUGAUUGCUAAUGACUGCUACAAGAUGGGCCAGUUUUACUAUUCAGCCAAGGCAUUUGAUGUCUUAGAGAGGCUGGAUCCUAACCCUGAAUAUUGGGAAGGCAAGAGAGGUGCCUGCGUAGGCAUAUUCCAGAUGAUCUUGGCCGGGAGAGAACCCAAAGAGACCCUACGAGAAGUGCUCCACUUACUGAGGAGCACGGGUAACACGCAGGUAGAGUACAUCAUCCGGAUCAUGAAGAAAUGGGCCAAAGAGAACAGAGUGCCUGUCUGACGCGGCUCCCGAGUCCUGAGGAACCAGUCAGCACUUCGGCAGAAACUUGGAAAUCACUUUCCUCACGUCAACGUAAGGUGCAGGGCCGUUGGAUUGACAUUUCCUUUCUCGCUCAUUGAGCCUGAAGGUCAGUGGGUGGCUUGCUUAGGCCUAGCCUCCUGGCCUGACCGAGUGCAGUGCUGUGGUCUGUGCUGUGGCUUCUGAAAUAUCCAAUGAGCAAUAAGACUUUGGACUUGUCUGGUGCCUUUCUUCCAAAAAUACUCUUACGUACUUUACUGACUUUAAAGAGAAUGGCAUAAUUUUUAAAAUAUAUAUUAGCAUUCCAUGGCAUUUUCUCCAAGCUGCAAUAACAAUACCUUUGAUACUCAAGGGUCACCAUUAUUCUAUCUUAAUUUUAGCCAUCUAUGUACAUUUUUCUGAUUACUGGGGAGUUCCAUAAAAGGUUUUGUAUUGUAUCUCUGAAUCUUGGUCGAGGAGAGGUUAUAAAUAGUUAUAUCAUUCUAAGAAUGGCAGCAGUAUCCUUUAUCAAACUGUUCAGUCAUUAAUGGAUAAGAGGCUGACAGGGUGACUCUUGCAGUGGUUGAAUUCUUGAUGACAUUACAGUGGAGUAACAUGAGUAUUGCAGUUUUUUAAAAGGUGAGUACAAUGAAAAAAAUCUGUGUGGGACAUUUAAAGGUAUUCAGGAAACAAAGUAUAAAAAUCUCAUCAGUCACUUCUCCAUUAUAUUUUAGGUAACAUAGCAGGUUAGGUUUUUUUCUUCAAGUAUCUAGCUGAAUAAACAUCAAUUUUGAAAGCAGGGCUACAAAGAUUAUUUAUUAACGUAAUGGUAAUAAUACAUAUAAUAGUAAUAAUACAUGGAUCGUGUAGAGCCCUUUGAGGGAUCUCCUAAUGGCUGGACUCUUUUUCCUAAGUUGUAUUCCAGCCCAAUGUUUCUGAGCUCUCGCAGCAUAAACCUAUUAUAAAAAAGAAUUUUUAGGCUUACAACCUAUUUUCAGAAAAUAGACCUACGUGUUUUUUAUGUACCACAUUACCUUUGUUUCUCCAUUAUAUGAUUUUUUUUCUAUUAGUUUAAGGUUCCAGCAUUACAGGUGUAGCGAGUGCAGAGCCAUUCCUAUCUAGCAUGAGAACCGAAAGUCAUAAUUCCUUGAAGCACCAAAGACAAGAA